AUGUCAAGCUCAAUCCCCACAACAAUGAAAGCAUGGCAGUUCUCCCAGACCACUGGUGGCAUCGAGAAGAACCUCAAACUCAACAACACCGCCCCUCUGCCGCCCAACGCCAACUCACUGGCAGCAGAUCAAGUGCUCGUCCAGGUCUUAUCCUCCACUCUCAACCCAGUCGACUACAAGUUCGCCCAAUUACCUAUCCUCGGCAAUCUUAUAAUCAAAAAACCCGCCUCUCCAGCCCUUGACUUCGCCGGCCGUGUCGUAGCCAGCGGUGCCAAUUCAAAGAAGGUCUCAACCGAAGAUCUAAAGCCGGGCCAGUUGGUAUUCGGAAAACUAGACGCUCCCACACAGUACGGCACUCUGGCGGAGUACACCAUUGCGCCAAGAUCAGGCUGUGUGCCUCUGCCUCAGGGAGUAAGUCUUGAUGAUGCAGCCUGCAUUGGCACCGCAGCCCUGACGGCAUACCAAUGCAUCGUCCCAAACAUCAAGUCUGGGGACCGGGUCUUCAUCAACGGCGGUAGCGGCGGAGUAGGGAGUUUUGGCAUUCAAUUGGCGAAAGUCAAAGGCUGCUAUGUCGCCACCAGCUGCUCAAGCGUCAAUGUCGAGCUCUGCAAGUCUCUUGGCGCUGAUCAAGUCAUUGACUACAAAAGCAAGGACAUUGUUGCCGAACUGAAGAAGAUGCAGAAGUUCGAUUUGAUAGUCGACAAUGUAGGCACGCCGAGCGAGUUGUACUGGCAAUGUCACGACUUCACACAUACAGGGACCAAGUAUGUGCAGGUUGGUGGAGGAUUGAGUCUAGGCGAGAUCUACAACUUGUUGAGUCGAAUGAUGUGGCCUGGGUUCCUUGGUGGUGGGAAGAGACCAUUCCAGUUCCUGGGAGCGGCAAACAACAGUGAUCACUUGAAAGAGAUUGCGGGGUGGAUGGCGCAGGGCAAGGUGAAGGCCUUGAUUGAUGAGGUGUACGGCAUGGAGGACAAGGGACCUAUCAGAGCAUUUGAGAGAUUGAAGACUGGGCGCGCGAAGGGAAAGAUCCUCGUGAAGGUUGCCGAGCCGUAG